UUUUGUUAUAAAACUUGAAAUUUAACGGUUUUUGGCAGUGUUUACAGCGUUGUUUAUUUAAAAAUAUAUACAGGAAAUAUUUGAUUUAAAAAAUCCAUAUAAUUGAAUAAGUGUUGAAUAGAAACAAUUUGCUUCUAAUGUAAUAUUUAUAACAUCUUUACCGAGUUAAUUUUAUUGUGUAAUUUGAACAGUAUCUAUGUGAAUUGAAUUGUAAUUAUAAUUAAAUUUUUAAACAAUAAAAAUGGACUUCGUAAUUCCAUUGAACAAAGAUAAUCUCUUGCAAAGACAUUCAACUCAAUAUUAUGUCAAAAAUCUAGUAACAGUAAAUUUCAUAAGUCAAACUUUAGAUGCUACCAGAAAAACUUUAGAGAAAAAAGGACCAGAGUUUAUCUUCGAUCAUUUUGAUGAUUUCUUCUCAGUGAUAGUUCAUGGAAAAAAACUAGAUAAUGCUCUGGUACUUCGAGCCUAUGAUAGAAUUAUGAAAUCAACUGGAAUUUUAGUAGGAGAUUUAGAAAAUGAAAUGGUGGAAUCAAAACGAGAAAAAAAUCUUUGUAUGCUAAAAAUGCAUUGUUAUUUACUAUCUCAUUUCAUGUGUUAUUUGGAAAAUGAAACUUAUGAAGACGAUAAUUAUAAUAAAAGUACAGGGAAGAAAAAAAAACAAGCAAAAUCUGAUUUAAGAACUGAAUGGGAAAAUCGUAGAGAACCAGGUUUAAUAAUGCUUCACCGUUUGCUACAACUUCCCUUGGGUAAUUUAUGGCAAUCGAAUAUUGUUGAAGAAUCUUUUAUUAUGCUUGUGGCUGAUAUAUGCUAUAAAAUUCUUGAACAUAAAAAAAAUGUUCGAGAAAAGAACGAUGACAUUAUUUGGCAUAUUUUAGGCAUAUUGAUAAAACGAUAUAUGCACGGAAUGACUUGUAUAAUAAAAAUAAUUCAAUUGGUACAGAUGUAUGAUGCUUUAGCACAACCUUUAGCAUCUGGAAUAGUUGUUAUGGUAACCGAAAAUAACAGUUCAAGUUUUAUAUCAGAACUUUUACAAGAAGUUGAUCGGAUAAAUCCAAGUGAAACUGAAGCUCACAAUAUAGCUACUUUUAUUGAGACCAUUGCUUCCGUACGACCUGAUUUUCUAUUAGAAAAUUUAAGUAAUAUUCUCGAGUACUUAGCAAAUCCAUGUUAUGUUAUGAGAAAUUGUGCUAUAGAAGUGAUAGGACAUAUCAUUAUUGGAUGCUUCAAAGAUGAUAAACUCAGUAAAGAUCAAAAAGAGAUACGUGACGAAUGCUUUGAACAUUUAUUGAAUCACAGAUUAGAUAUUAAUACUUAUGUCAGAUCUAAAGUAUUUCAGACUUGGCAAAAAUUAAUUUCUGAAUUUGCUGUACCAAUGCAACAACUUGUAUUAAUUUUAAAAGCAACGAUUCCUCACCUUAAUGAAAAAAGUUCUAUCAUGAGAAAACAAGCUCUUCAACUAAUACGAGUCUUAUUGCAGUGCAAUCCAUUUAGUGGUGCUCUUGAUUUGGAAACGAUCAGUCAACAUCGUGAUAAUGCUGAAAAAAAAUUACAAGAGUUACAGGCAAAUAUAGUAGCUGAAAGUGCAAGUGGAGAUACAGAAAGACUUGCUCUUUGGGAAGAAUUAUUGCCAGAUAUUCAUGCAGCUUUGAAAGAAAUUAUUAAAAAAGAUGAUAAUACAGAUGACGAUGAUGAGAUGGAAGAAAUAAAUCUUGAUGAAGAAUUUGAACUAAUUCGUCAAUUAAUGAUCAACAGAAAAAUCACUGAAGCUGUUAAACGUCUCCAAAGAGUUUAUGGUGAAACACAAGAUACUUCUUUAGAUGAUAUAGAUGAUGAUACAAAAGAAGAUUUAUAUCUAUUAUUUCUUUUAAAAAUUUUCCUGGAUUCUGAACAAAAUGAAAAUGGAAAUAGUAAAGAAAAAUAUGAAAAAGCAGAAUGGAAAUCGCGCAAAGAUGAAGUUCAAAAAUAUCGCCAAACUUUUAACAUGUUAAAUAAUGCAGUCGAAUUUAUAACAGAAAUUGAACAAGCAAUACCGAUUAUUGAAGAGAUGCUUUUUUCUGCAACUCCAGUAGUAGCUAUUGAAUCUUGUACUUUACUAGGAACAGCCUAUCAAUUUAAAAUUAAAAAGGCAGAUUCAGCAGUUCAUACUGCUUUGUCCCAAGUUUUCAGUAGAGAAGAAUCAGUCAGAAAUAAUGUGGCUAUUAUGUAUAAAGAUAUUUACUUGAAGAAUGAUAGUAAUUCUUCGCGUCAAAAAGCCAUUUCUUCAUUCAAUAGUUUGAUGAAUUUAUUACGAGAUUUGAAACCUGGGCAAAGUCCUGCUUUAGCUCAACUCAUUUCAUUAUGGUUUAGUAGUGAAGAUUUAAAUGAAGAUACUGUACAAAUAAUGUGGGAGAAAUUUAGUUUUAAAAUUCCAGAAACAACUAUAUUAGAAAGUCGAUGUGCUUUGGCAUUAUUGACCAUGAUAGGGCAAAAUCGACCAAAAAUUAUUACUUCAAAUUUGAAUAUUUUUAUAAAAAUUGGACUUAAAGAGAAAGGCAAAGAAGAUUUUCUUUUAGUACGAGAUACUUGUAGGGCUUUGUUAAAAAUAAAAAAUGAAGCUGGAGAUGAAAAGAAAGAACCUAUUAAAUUUCAAAAUGAUCAUGAACUUUUUGAAGAGUUAUCAGUUUUAUUAAUUGAAGCUUUUGAAAAUAUCAAUGAACACAUUUUUGUUUCUUUUGCUAUUGAUGCAAUAAAUGUGAUUUAUCAUUUAGCUAAUCAACCUGAUCAACUUAUGAAGAAUAUUAUAUUAAAAAUGUUAGUUGGAAGUCCUGAUGCUGAUGUACCUAUAUCUCUAUUAGCUAAAUUUUUAUAUUUCAUUGGUCAUGUAACAAUUGCACAUAUGGUCUAUUUAGAUGUUAGUGUGUAUAAAGAGUUAAAACGAAGAAAUAAAUUACGAGAUACUGUGAAUAACAAAAAAAAUAAUCGAAAUCAAAAUAAUGAUUCCACUAUAAAUGUUUCACAAAGUACAACAACAAGAUUUUCAUCAGCCAGAAAAGCAAGAAGAUCAGUUCACAGAAAAGAUAUGAGUUUUCAAGAUGAGACAGACAAAGAUACAUUAUUAGGAGCUGCAGCACAUGAUGCUGAUGCUGAAGUAAUUGAUGAAUCUUUGGAAACCUGCGUUGUUACUGGGGAUGGUUUUAUGGUUCAAUUUGUACCAAUAGUUCUAAAGGUUUGUCAAUAUCCAGAAAAAUACAAAGACAAAGCAACUCAAGUAUGGGGAGUGUUAGCUUUGUCCAAAAUGAUGACAGUUUCAUCAGCAUUUUGUAAACAACAUCUCCAAUUAUUAGUAACAAUUUUGGAUCGAUCGAAAUAUCCAGAAAUAAGAUCAAAUAUUUUAGUUGGACUGUCUGAUUUAAUAGUCCGAUUUCCUAAUGAUGUUGAACCAUGGACUGCUCAUAUGUACACUAGACUUCGAGAUGAAGACGUACGUGUCCGCACUACUGCUUUAAGGAUUUUGUCUAACUUGAUUAAACGAGAAAUAAUUAGAGUUAAAUGUCAAAUAUCUGAUAUAGCAUUAUGUAUUGUUGAUCCUGAUGACCAAAUAAGACAUAUUGCUGAAUCAUUUUUUAAUGAAUUGGCUCAAAAGGAUAAUAUCCUUUAUAAUACUUUACCUGACAUUAUAUCAAAACUCACAAGUGCCGAUGAAAAUAUAAAUGAAGAUGAUCUCCAUAAUAUUUUUAAACAUAUCAUAGGCUUAUUGCAUAAAGAAAAAGAAAUAGAUGCAUUAAUCGACAAAAUUUGUGCAAGAUUUAAAUUAGCAACAACAGAAAGGCAAUGGAGAGAUUUAUCAUAUUGCUUAUCAUUAUUUUCUUUAGGUAAAAAAGGAAUUGUCAGAUUAACAACUAAUUUACCACUUUUAAAAGAUCAACUUCAUAAUCGAUCAGUAUAUGGAGCAUUAAGAAAAAUCAUAGAAACAGCUAGAAAGAAGGCUGAUGCUAAAGAUGUUUGUGCUGCUUUAGAAAAUGAAAUUGAUAGGUUAAUGGAUUGUAAAGAAGAUGAAAAUCAAACUGAUAAUAAUGAUCCUAGUGUUGAUAAUAAUCAAGAUCAAGAUCGUGAUUCAGAUAGAGAAGCUAUGCCUCCUCCUCCAGAGCCUCGAAAAUCAAGAUCUUCAAAACGUAAAAAAUAAAUAUAUCAUACUUAUUAAUAUUGAAACAUUUAUAUUAACUUUAAUAAAAAUAUAGCAAUACUUUUAUUUUUAAUUGACAAAAAUUUUUUUAUUUAUGUACAGCAUAUAUAAUU